AUGCCACUCCCAUAUUGGACAAUCGGCUGCAUAUACGGUGCUACCUCCGUAACUUUUGGAGCCUUCGGUGCUCAUGGCCUGAAGAAACAUAUCACCGAUCCGUCCAAAAUCGCCAGCUGGAGCACAGCAGCUCAUUACCAACUCAUCCACUCCGGCGUUCUCCUCCUGACAACUGCGGUCGCUCCGAAGAAUACUCUCGCGGCCGGUUUAUUGGUAGCGGGUAUGACGAUGUUCAGUGGCAGCAUUUACCUACUUGUAUUAGAUCCGCAGCGAUUCAAGGUCUUGGGACCUGCUACACCACUGGGCGGACUGUGUUUGAUUGGAGGAUGGGUUGCGAUGGCAUUUGGAAGGAGAAUCCCAUUCCCGCGGUGA